CAUUAUUUCGGGUUCGUGGUCUUCAGAAAGGGAUUUUUCGUGUUGCCAUGGUGUAUUAUGUAUUUCGGUUUAAUAGCUUGAUUAUAAAACAUAAUAAACAUACAUGGUUACUGAGUUGCUGAGUCUAUCAGUUUCAUCAAACAUUUCUUUUACCUGUAUGAUUGUAUGCAAAAUUCCUACUGUGAUCACAGAAACUUUGAUAGUGUAAACCGGGCUUAAAUGACCAUAUUUCUACCAUAGAAAUACUUUCGUGCAGAUGCGUGUACGCGUAUGUACCUAUUUUUAACAUGGCCAUUUCGCCAGUUAUACCAUAAUGCAUCGCGACUCAAUAUGGCGUCGCUGCUGCUGAAAACGGCCAUUAACAUUCUCCAGAGGCGCGCACGUCCGAAGACUGGACCCCAAUCUACUUCUGAACGAUGUGAUUUUUCGCAGGUGGAUUUUUUCUAAACAUGAAGAAUGAAAGAAACUCGAUUUGAAAGUUGUUCAAAAAUUGUCCGAGACUUUCUCUACUGGCGUGGAGAUUCAAGUCAGAUCAUAUUCUAUUGCUUGCUGUGUUUUGUUGUGUGUUGGCUUAUAACGAAACUCUGCAGACGUCGUUUCAAAAAGGGUUUGCAGGUCGGGGAUCCUCACCGGGGCCACAGAUGGAAUCAUACAGAUUUCCUAGAUAAACCUACUUACUGUAAUUGGUGUAAAGUUUCGGUCGUGAGAGGGAGUUUCUGCGAUACAUGUGGGCUGUCUGUGCAUGAUCAAUGCUUAGACGCUGCAAACAAGAAACAUGCUUGCAAAGUCGUUGUGUUAUCCAAGCGAACUAUCAUGAAACAUCAUUGGGUGCGAGGAAACUUAGCCCUGACCAGCGUGUGUGACGUCUGCGGCACACAUUGUGGUACCGAACCGCGGCUCUGUGACUUGCGCUGUGUCUGGUGCCAGCGAACUGUUCACGAGAAUUGCAUCCAAAUGAUAUCUCGCGAUUGUGAUUUUGGAAAAUUUCAAACCAUGAUAGUGCCGCCAUAUUGUAUAACAGUGAAAUACGAGAGGUGGAAAGGCGCGUACAGGCGUUACAUGGUACGGGAAGUCGAUCCACCGAAAUUUGAAAACUGGUCACCAUUGUUGGUUCUAGCAAAUAGAAAGAGUGGUGAAAAUGAAGGAGAGCGGUUGCUCAGAGCUUUUCGGGAAUUGCUUAAUCCAAUCCAGGUAAUCUAAUCUUGGUAAUCUAAUUUGGUAAUUUAAUUCAGACAUGUAAAAAUCUCACAAAUUGUCAAAAAGAUUGUUUGCAACAGGCAGAGGCGCCGGAAUAUCGAUAAUUGAGGGGGGGGGCAUAUUCGUGUUCUGCCCAGUUAAUUUCUUUUGAAAUCGAUUGUUUUUACAGUCUGUGAACACGAAUAUAUGAAUGUCUGCCCCCGCUAUUAUCGAUAUUCCGGCGCCUCUGGCAACAGGCUUGUAGCAAGCUUGUCAACAAGCUGUUGUUUUGUCAAGUUGCUACAAGGUUGUCACUCACAACUUGUUGACGAAUUGUUGAAUUGCAGGACGAUAACAAGUUGUUGGAACAAUGUGUAACAAAUCUAUUGAGCUCAACAACCUUGUAGCAAGUUGUCAAAAAGCUGUUGACAGUUUGCACCACUUUAAGAGUACAACACAGAACACUGCCAGAUGGUUUCAUCCACUGACAUGCAGCAAUAUUCUACCCUGAUGUAACCAAUAUUCCACAUGUUUGUCAGGUAGUGGAUAUUAUGGAUGUGUCCCCAGAAUCAGCUUUGGAAUUUUGUCAACUCUUGCCACACCACCGGUGUCGUAUUUUGAUCUGUGGUGGAGACGGCACGGUGGGCUGGGUUUUGGGUGCUUUGGAUUCUGCAAAUAUCAAAGUAAGCUGACAUAUUAUGACCAUAAUGUUUGUACAAAUGGCUUAUAACAUUAGGAUUAUAUUUUAAGCUUGUUUUCAAAGGGGAAUUUGUUGGUGUGAAAUGUCUUUGUCUGCAUCACUUUUGCUGAUGUGAUCAGCAAUGCUGACAAAGGAAAAACUUAUCAGCAAAUUCAUCUAGGAAAUGACUUUAUUUAAAUUAUGGCUGCAAUAUUAUGGAAGUUGACCUGACACUUGCAAGUCUAUACAUGAAUGGAUCAGCAUGAUCUGGUAAGGGGGGGGGGGGGUGCUCUGGUGCAGACUGCCGAGUUGUGUCAGUCACACGUGCCGCCCGCCCAUCAACUACUGUAUUGUAAUUGUUGUUCACAGUUCACUUAUCAUCAUGUUAUUAUUUACUAUUACUCAGAUUAGUAUUACUCAGAUUAUUGUAUCUUAUUUUGUCUUUUUUGCUUUAUCAUAAAAAAUAGCUCCCCCUGCACCCCCUCUGGCCAGGGCGAGGGGGAUGUGCACCCCCUCCCCCCCAGUAAAUCCACCCCUGAGUCUAUAUGUCUUUUUAUGACCGAUGAAGUGACUAUAAUUUCUGUUGAUUAUUUACUCGUUAGAUUCCACCUUAUGUAGCUGUUCUUCCCCUUGGCACCGGCAAUGAUCUUGCUCGGGUGUUGGGUUGGGGUAGUGGAUAUACAGGUGUGGAAACUAUGGAUGAAAUUUUAGAUAAAAUUGAACAUGCAACACCAUCUGCUCUUGACAGGUAAAUAUGGUGAUG